GUCCUAUACCAAUUCCUAUAUUAGGCACCAUUCAUAUAAUUGGAAAAAAUCCUCUUACAUGGUACCAAAAGAACGUUAAAAAGGCGGGCACGAUCUGGGAAUUUUAUAUUGGCCCGCCGAAUUUCCUUCGAGGAUUUGUAUUCAGUGUUCAAAAACUAUUCAAAGAAUAUGAGGAUAAAUGGAAACUAAGUAUAAAGGAUGGUGUAGAAACUGACAUUAGUAUGUGGAUAAAGUUCUUCACGAUGGACAUUGCAAUUAUUCAAAUCACAAAACGACCAACUUGCAGUUUAGUUUCAUUUGACACAAGUAAUGAAAUAGUUCCCUCAGAAGAAGAAAAAAAAUCGUUAGAGUUAGCUAAUGCCGCAAAUUCCUUUCUUCAAUCGCUUACACUUACUAUAAAGCAAGAAUUUAAAGAAGGUGCGGUCCCAAGUUCGGAUUUAUUAGAUAGCUUAUUGAUGGCUCAUACUUUACAAAAUCCUGAAUAUAAUGAUGAUAGUGACAAUCUAGCACCGAUUACUGUUUAUGAAGUUAACGCUGUUUUAUGGGACGUUCUAUUAGGUGGCAUUGGUUCGACCAAAGAUGUAUUCGCUUUCAUGGCAUAUAAUGUUGCAAAAAAUCCAAAAAUUCUUAACAAGAUUCGUAAAGAAAUCGAUGAAGUUUUUGGGUCUAAUUUAAAUGAUUAUUUCUCCAUUGAAAAACUUAUAAAUUGUCGAUAUAUUGAAGCAGUGGUUAAGGAAUCAAUGCGUUACAUUGUACCGGCACCGUUCACAAUAAAAAUUUCAGGCACUGAAGAAAAUAUUGCUGGAUAUAAUUGGCCAAGCGGAACCCGCUUUUGGAUAGAUCAUCAAAAUAUUUCAAACAAUCCUGAUUAUUGGAAUGAUCAUGCAAAUUUCAAUCCUGAUAGAUUUUUAAAUGAAAAUCAUAUUAGUAAUUCUUUUACUCUGUUUGGUGGUGGAAUCAGAGUUUGCCCUGGAAAAAAUUUGGCGAUGAAUUGGUUGAAGACCUUGACAGUUCUAUUUUAUAGUAAGUAUAAUGUAAAAUUAGUUAAAGAAGAUGAAAAUAUUAAAUACCAUUUUACUGGCGCAAAUGUGCCUUAUGAUCUGAAA